AUGGAAAUAGAGGAGUUAAUUCAAUGCCAUCGGCUCCUUUCGAAUGUUUCAUUAAGCAAUCAGGUAGACCGAUGGGUUUGGAGGCAAGAAGACGGAGACGGAUACUCAGUUAAAGACGUGCGAAAUUGGAUAAAAGGGGAGGUUCUUUCUGUCAAUAACUCGGUCUAUCAAUGGUGCAAGUGGAUUCCGAACAAGUGUAAUAUUUUUAUGUGGCGGGCUAGUCUAAACCAAAUUCCUACCAAAGAUGCGCUUCUUCAUCGUAAUAUUUACGUUGAAAAUGGUUUAUGUGGGCUAUGCGGUGAAGUUGAAGAGUCGGUGGACCACCUGUUCUCCGGGUGUAGAUUUGCGAGUGGUAUGUGGGACGCUAUCGCUUCAUGGUGUAAUAUUCCGAGGUUUUUCGUUUUUUCUUUAUCCGAUGUGCUUCUUGUUUUGAACGAUCUGCCUUACACUGCGAAGAAGAAAGAUAUCAUGUAUGGUAUAAUUAUUAUUGCGUGCUGGCGGAUUUGGAAGGCUAGGAACGAUAAGAUUUUUAACGGCUCGGUAUCAAGCGUUACUCUUUUGGUCGCGGAUGUGAAGUCUUUGGCGUUUCUUUGGUUUAAGUGUAGGCAUAAAGAGGGUUGUAUAGAUUGGCGAAAUUGGUGUAAUUUUGUAUUGUCGGUGAUGUAA